CUUCCGGGGCGAGCGCGGGGCCGAGGCGGUGCGGGCGCGCACGUGUGAGGGCGGCGGGCGCGUGUCGUCGGCGUCUCCCGUGGGCGCGGGGCCGAGGCGCCAUGGGCAAGGCCAGGCCGGCCGCGCGAGCGAGGCCCGGCGCCAACCCCUUCGAGGUGAAGGUCAACCGGAAGAAGUUCCCGGUGCUGGGCCACCGCGCGCGCCACGACGUGGGGCAGCCAGGGGCCUCCCGCGCGCGGGCCCUGCGGAAGCGCACGCAGACGCUGCUAAAGGAGUACAAGGAGCGGGACAAGGCCAACGUGUUCACGGACAGGCGCCUGGGCGAGCACAGCCACGGCAUGAGCGCCGAGGAGAAGAUGGCUUGCAGGUUCGCUCUGGAGCGGCAGCGGCAGCACGAGAGGAAGAGCAUCUACAACCUGAACGAGGACGAAGAGCUGACCCACUAUGGCCAGUCGCUGGCCGACCUGGAGAAGCACCACGCCGUCACGGACAGCGAUGAUGACGGCGACGACCGGGGCACGCUGUCGGCCGAGCUGACGGCGGCCCACUUCGGCGGCGGCGGGCUCCCGCACAGAAAGAGCGAGGACGGCGAGAAGGCCAAGUCCCGCAGGGAACUGAUCGAAGAGCUCAUUGCAAAGUCCAAACAGGAGAAGAGGGAGAGACAGGCUCAGCGGGAAGACGCGCUCGAGCUCACGGAGAAGCUGGACCAGGACUGGAGGGCCAUCCAGACUCUCCUGUCUCACAGGAGGCCCAAGGUCGCGGGCGGCGCCACGGAGAAGCCCCAGCCCGACGCGUACGACGUGACGGUUCGCGAGCUCGGCUUUGAGAUGAAGGCACAGCCGUCUGAGCGGCUGAAGACCAAGGAGGAGCUGGCCGCGGAGGAGCAGGACCGGCUGCAGAAACUGGAGGCGGAGAGAGCCCGCCGCAUGCUGGGCACGGGCGAGGACGAGGGCACCGAGAAAGCCAAGCACGUGUCUGCAGACGACCUUGGCGACAGCUUCGUCCUCGACAGAGACGACAGGCGCCUGCUUUCCUACAAGGUGAGUUUCCGCCAGCUGAGCGGGGACGACGGCGAGGGGAACUCCGAGCUGGGCGAGGGGGACUCCGAGGAGAGCGGCGAUCCCGACAGCCACUCGGACCUGGACUCGGACGCCGAGAGCGAGCAGAGCUCGGAGCCUGGGGGGGACAAGCCGCGCCAGGCUGGCAGGCGAGGGCCUCCCGGUGAAGCUCACCCCUCCUGGCGGGCCGCGGGCACGGAGCUGCCCUACACCUUCGCAGCUCCCGAGACCCGAGAGGAGCUGUCGUCUCUGCUGGCAGGAAGGGCGGCGGAGGAGCAGCUCGCGGUGCUGGAGAGGAUCCAGAAGUGCAACCACCCCAGCCUGGCCACGGGGAACAAGGCGAAGCUGGAGAAGCUGUUUGGGUUCCUCCUGGAGCACGUCGGGGACUUGGCUACCAGUGACCCGCCAGACCUUGGGGCGAUUGACAAGUUGGUUGCGCCGUUGUACCAACUGUGCCAGAUGUUUCCCAACUCCUCGAGCCACUCCAUGCGGUUUGUCCUCCGCGAUGCCAUGCACGAGAUGGAGGAGAUGGUGGAGUCCAAGGGCCGGGCGACGUUUCCGGGGCUGGAUGUGCUCAUUUACUUGAAGCUCACCGGGCUGCUGUUCCCCACCUCGGACUUCCGGCACCCCGUGGUGACGCCCGCGCUGCUGUGCAUGAGCCAGCUGCUCACCAAGUGUCUCGUCCUGUCUCUCCAAGACGCGGUGAAGGGCCUGUUCGUGUGCAGCAUGUUCCUGGACUUCGUGAGUCUGUCCCAGAGGCUCAUCCCCGAGCUGCUCAACUUCUUGCUGGGGAUUCUGUACAUCGCUGCCCCGGACAAGCAGGGACAAGGUCACGUUCUGGUGCACCCUUUCAGAGCUCGCGGCAAGAACUCGGAGUUGCUGCUGGUGUCAGACGACGAGGACAUGGCCACGUGGCAGAGACAGGCCCUGUCCCUCCGCUGGGCCGCGGGUGCCCUCAAAGGCCAGAGCGCGUCCGAGGCCAACCACACCAGGCUAUCCUGCCUGGCUGCGUGCGUGGCCCUGGUGAAGCGCUGCGUGACCAUGUACAGCACCCUGCCGGCCUCCCACCACGUCACCGGGCCUCUCAGAGACUUGCUGGCGCUGCACCUGAGUCGCUCCGGCUACCCCCUGGAGCUGCAGGCCCUGUGUCAGAGUGCCCUGGCCGAAAUGGACUCGCAGAAGCAGAGCUACCGGCCCAUGGUCUGCGAGCGGACCAGGCCGCAGCCGCCGAAGCUGUUCACCCCACGACUGGUCAGAGUCCUGGAGUGCGGGAGGAAGCAGGGCCGCACCAAGGAAGAGCAGGAGCGGCGGCGGCUGAUCCAUAAGCACCGGCGCGAGUUCAAGGGGGCCGUGCGGGAGAUCCGCAAGGACAACCAGUUCCUGGCCCGGAUGCAGCUGGCGGAGACCUUGGAGCGGGACGCGGAGCGGAAGCGGAGAGUGAAGCAGCUGCUGGGCAGCCUGGCAACGCAGGAGGGAGAGUGGAAGGCCCUGAAGAGGAGGCGGGCUGUGAAGAAGUGAAUCAGGAGGCACGGUGCUCAAGGACCCGGGAGCGGGGCUGCAGGUGUCUCCGUCUCUCUCCCGACGUCUCUGUCCUACCCGACGACAGACUCGGCACCCAGGGCGGUGGAUCCGGCCUGUCCGCAGGCACCGAGCCCCAGCGAUGCCCCUGGGGACAAGGGAUCUGGCCGUCCGGGAGGCGGCACUGCCUUCAGUCCCCAGCAGCCAUGCACCAGGGCGGCGGGCUCUCCUGUCUUUCUCAUUAAUAAAAUCUUUUUU